AUGGCAAGUGCAACACCAAACGGUUUUACCCAACAGCAGUGGGCUACUACGUCGGCAGCAACAGCAGCGCUUCAAAAUGGUGGAAAUCGCCAUCGACCGUAUUUUGGGCAGCCACAAUUUAUGCGUGCGCCGAUAAUUGGAAAUCGUAUAAGUGGAGUAGAUUAUUGGCAUAAAAAUGGUGGCUCAGCAGCCGAUGCUGUACGUCGUCAGCAGCAGCAACAGCCACUUCAUUAUGAACGUGGAAACGCUAGUAGUAAUGUUGGAACAGAUGAUAUGAUGGAUCGCAACAAAACUUUUUUUUCGCGUAAUGAUAAAUGGCAACCACGUAGGUCACAUCCGCAAGCGCCUCCUAAAUUAACUGCAGCACAAAGACGAGCACGUGGACCACUGCCAGACUGGGACGAAUGUGCGGGAGACGAUGAUAACUUCGAUUAUAUGGAUCUUAUGGAAUCUCAAUAUGCCCAAUUCUAUGCUGUGUCCACCAUACCUCCUUUCGAUCCCAGUUCGACAUGCUUGGAUCCUGCAUUAGCGGCAGCAUUUCCCACUGCGAAUAUUAUGUUCCAGGCACAUCAACAAAUGGCUGCCUUAACGUUUCGUCAUUCACAUAUUUCCCCAUUUAACCCUCAUCUGCUUUCUCAACCACCUCCUACGGUGGCAGCUGCAGCUGCAACCAUAGGUGAGUCACGUUCAGACAGUGUAGCAUCAUCGCUUACAUCUAACACCGUCCCACCAACACCAACCGCUUUACUUUCACCUGGAAGUGGUGUUCUCACAAGUAAAGGUGAGUUCAUCCCUGGAUCAGCAGUAGGCCCUAUGAGCGUCCCUUACCAUUCCGCCUAUCCACCCAUAUCACCUCAGGCACCGAUCACCGGCGAAACUUUGAAAGAAUAUGUUAGAAAACAAAUAGAGUAUUACCUGUCACCGGAGAAUCUCCAGAAAGAUUUUUACUUACGGCGGAAGAUGGAUAAAAAUGGUUUCUUAUCGUUAGUAUUGAUAGCUAGUUUCCCGCGUGUUCGUACACUCACCGAUAAUAUUGUAUUAAUUACGGAAGCUUUGCGAAAUAGUGAAAAAGUGGAACUUAGCGACGACAGUGAAAAUGUUCGUCCACGUGAUAACCCACAACAAUGGCCGCUUUCGCCAGCUCUAUUGCAAACUACGGAAUCAAUUAGCAGUGCUGUUCGUCCGGCAACUGAAACGGCUAUGAAGGCAGCAAAUGUUGCAUCUUCGAUGAUUACUCAGAUGAUUACAGCAGCACCACUGGCUGCUGAGACGAUGGAUUCUAAUGCUUUGGUGCAAGCUGAAUUGCAGCCAUCUGUUUCUUUGGAAUCACUCGAAGCUGAAAAACGAGCUUGUGAGACACGCAGCAGUAACGACACCACCAAAAAAAUGACUACUGGCAAUUAUUCCGCACUGAUUGCAGAUGAAGCAAAUUCAAAUUUAGCUAAAGGCAAUAAGGAUGUCGAAGUGGAGAGUGUCACGCAUAGACAGUCGUCGAGCACAAACGGGAAUAACAAUGGUGCAAACAGCAGUAAUGGGAUGACAGAACGGAAUAGGGAACUAACUAAAGAGUCUGAAGUGGAGGAUUGGCAAGAGGUUAAAAGUCGAAAGCAAAGAAAAAGUAAAACUUCUGGCAACACUGCCGGCAAGGGAGCAUCACACUAUGUUUCGUCGCCAUCUGCACGACCUGCUGCAGAAAUUGACAUACAAAAUGACGACGAUUUUUUUGCAGUGCCAGAUCUGCCACGACGUGAAAGAAGAGCAGUUAAUAGAGUUGCAAUGUCGGAUGAUUCAUCGGAAGAUAUAAGCGAUGCAAAUAUCAAAAAACUAAUCAUUGUAACACCAGCGUCAUCCGAUAAAAGGCAGUUUGAUCGUGCUGGUGAUUCAUCAUCUUCCAAAGUAAAUCAAAAUUUCACGGAAGAAAUGGAAUACGGUCUUAGGCGAUACGAAAAUGAAUUAUGGAAUCGUAAAGAAGUUGGUCGUAAGACUCAUAUAAAUAAAAUUGACACUGUUUCGGAGGAUGUAUUCAAGCAACUGAGAAGGGAGGAUAGCACUAUUCAGAAAUGUACAUCGGAACCAUCGCCGAAAGUGUUUCCGACUCCAAAUACUAUCCCGGAAAUUUCUUCAGUUUGGGCGCAGAAAGCUCGUGAAAGAGCUGCAGCAAACGCUGCAUCAUCGACAAAAAGUCCGUUGGCAAAACGAGAAACGGAAUGUGGUAUGCUAACACCACGCUUUUAUCCAGUGAAGGAGAGUACCUCUCCAGAUUCUUCUCAGCCAAGAAAGUAUAAAACUCGUCAUAGCGAAAAUCCACCUGUUGAAAUGCCUGUUGGUUGGGUUUUUGGCACUCGCUCAAGAACAUCUUCUGUUAAUGCCGACUCGGUCGAAUCAACAAGUGGCCAGACGGUACCUGGUCCUUCAAUGCAUAUCUCCUUUAGCUUGUUGCAGGAGAAUGGCUUCCAAGAACAAAUAUAUACGAAAUGGAGAAUAUCAUGUCUACAACAGAGGGAACAUUUGGGUUAUGGCACAACUGAAAUGAAUACGUAUUUUCGUUUCUUAUCUUUCUUUUUGCGAGACCACUUCAACCGGAAAAUGUAUCAAGAAUUUAAACAUUUAGCCCUUGAGGAUGCGGAAGCGGGUUACAGGUACGGGUUAGAAUGCCUCUUUAGAUUCUACAAUUUUGGUCUAGAACGUAAGUUCAGGCCAAAUGUGUACCUAGAUUUCCAAGAGGAAACAAUGAACGAUGUUAAGCGAGGUGAACUCUACGGGUUGGAGAAGUUUUGGGCUUUUCUAAAAUUCUACAAGCACUCGAGACGCUUAGAAGUUCAUCCAUUUCUUAAGAAAAGGCUAGCAGAAUACAAGAAUUUGGAUGACUUCAAAUUUGAUCCGGCUACAGCAGCUAAGAAAGAACUGUCAGUGGACAAUAUAAACGCAUCUAUCUCUAGGCGAUGA